UCUGUAGAUUUUAAAAUUUAACAUUGACACAUUUAUAAAUGUUAUAAUGUUAAAAUGGACGCAUGAAGAACUGCAAAAGUGCUGGGCUUUUUGCCACCACAGUGUCUGGAAAUGCAUUUUUUGACGCAAUGAACGGUGUUUUUUUCGACACUGGACGGUACAGAGACCAACACUUCUGCUUACUUUAUAAGCUAGAGUUUCCUCACUGCCCUACCACAGUAUCUAACAAUGCAGCAACUCAACUCAUCAAACAGCUCUCUCACCUCUCCCGUCUUAACUGAAAGCCUGAUUGCCAGUAGUGUGCUGGCAGUUUGUUUCAUCCUGGGAGUUCCUGGGAACAUAGCAGUAAUGGUGCGUCUUGCUGGAUGGCUGAAGGGAGGCAGUUUCACUCCGAGACUGAUGCUAAGCCUGGCCAUAUCAGACCUGCUUACUCUACUUUUUCUGCCGGUUUGGAUUUGGUCUGUUCUGCAUGGCUGGGUUUUUGACUUGUUCCUGUGUAAGCUUCUGUCCUACUUGCUGUACUUCAGCCUCUACUGUAGCACACUGUGUGUGAUGUUGAUGAGUGUACAGCGAUACAUGCAAGUGCUACAUCCUCAGAAAUGGAACAAGCUUGGAAGUAAAGGAAAGAAGAUCCUCUUGAGUGGGAUGUGGAUGUUAAGUGGAGUAUUAUCAUCCUAUGCGCUUCUACAGCGCUCACUAAGCUUGGAUGGGCAAGGACACCUUCAAUGCCGUCUACACUAUCAUAAUGAUGUUGAAAGAGUGGCUACUUUAAUCUGGGAGAUUAUGGUAUUUGUGGUUUUGUUCCUCACACUGAUUUACUUCUACUUUCAGCUUUACCGGGGAGUUAAUAAGUCAGCUUUCUUUAGCAGUAACAUAAUGACAAAGCUGGUGACCAGAAUUGUGGCAUGUUUCUUUAUUUUUUGGGUCCCGAAUCAAAUCUCCAACACUGUGCUCAUCACUGCUGUGUUGCUUGAGAAUGACAAUCUGUUAAAAUCUGCAGAAGCUGGGAGUAAUAUCACUGGAGCUAUGACUUUCAUUAAUAGUUGUGUGAACCCCUUUCUGUACGCCUUCUCUGCUCGGGCUCUACGUCAGUACACUCCUGGAACAGAAACUACUUCAUGAUGUAGAGGUUUGAGAGAGUUUAUGGAUUUUCCCUGAAAGCCAGUGAUUUGUUAAAGCUUAUGCAUAUGGACCCAAACCCACUUCUACCUAUUCCUACAAUCUGUUUUUCAUUGUCUUUUUUGUAUCUUUUAAUCAAGUAAUUUGUUUGCAGAUUGAAUGAAGGAAAUUAAACGAAGGAACAAGUCAUACUGCGACGUGACGAUAUCUCUCAUGACAAAAGCAGUUCAUCAGAUGAUUUCUCUUAAUAUCCAUGCUUUAUAAGGAACAGAUUUUUAAGAAGUGAAUGGUCUAUAAUAUCCAGAAAUUGUGUGGUGCAGAUUAUUUCUUGCUCAUGUAGGAUCUACUGGUUACUAAACAAGGGUUCAGACUCUUCCCAGCCUGUACUGUAAAUGUUGAAUUCAUUUUAGAUUGAUGAAGACAUAUAGAUUUCUUAGAAAGUGAAGAGGGAUUUGAGGUUUUGUGCUAAAAGAGCAUCCAGAACUACCAAAUACAGAGAUUUUUUUUCUCCUUUUUUAAACUGUACUUCUUGUCAUUAUGACUUUUGGAAAUGCAUUUCUCAGACUAUAGGCAACGCCUUUUCUUGCAUGAAAACCACAGAACUUCCCUUUUCUAGUCAGCUGUAAAAUAAAAGAAGAAAAAUGCCCUUUUGAGUGCAGUAUCCCCAACCCACAUCCACUUUCUAUUUCUUUUGGUAACAUUGAACUGUUUUUUUUUUUUUUUUAACCUGGUUUUUACCUCAAAGUGCUCUUAAUCUUACUUCAAAGUAAAUAAUGAUGUCCUCAGACUAUAAUCUAGGAAGAUGAGAGAUUUUAAGUUUUAAGUCAACUGAUUUGUUAAUAUACUGAUAUUAUAAAUGUAUAAUAAACGUGAUUUGUAUGAAAGUAUGUAAUGUUAUUUGUGAUACAAUUGAGAAACAAUGAUCAACAAAUCUACCUUAUUUCUUUCCUGUAUCAUUUUGCCCUUACUUUGUUGCUUCUUCUGUUUAUUCAUAUGUUCUUUGCUUAAUCCCUUGUCCUUCUUUCCUUCAUUCUUUGUUCCUUUCAUCUUUCUCUUCUUCUGACCUUUUCCCUUUCUGUUUCUCUUCUUUUCUUUUUUCUUCUAUCUUCCUUGACCAUCCUUCCUUCCUUCCAUUCUAUCUGUCUGACAGAUAGUUAAUUGAUUUAGCUCCAUCUCAUUUUACAUUCUCUGUAUUGUUUCUCUAAAAGCUGAUGAUGUUCUCUGUCUCCUCCACUAUCUACUACAGCUAGAAAAAUAAUGUCAGCUAUAAUUUCAUCAGAGGUUUUCAUCAUGGACCUUAGGUUAUUACCAGCUGAGCCUUUCACUCUUACAUUACCUAAAGACUAUGUUCAAGGCGGUGGCCACUGUGCUAUGAGUGACAAUGAGAAAGCGAUGGCAUGUUUUGUUUUAAAUUAAAAUGAUAUUUAUAGUAUAAAUUUAUAUUGUUGAGCUAGGGUACUGUUGUUGUUAUUGAUGGCUUAUAUACCUAUAGGCUAUAUGUAUUGUGACUGUACACUAUAGAAGCAAUAGAUUGUGAAAGAGAGUGAGGGAUGAGAUGUAGUCACUGUCACAGUAGUGAAGCUGAGACACGUUCACUGUGAAAUAUCUCAGAUGAGAAGAAAUAUCAUCAAUGAAACAUCAAGUAAAAUCACAGAACGACUUCCAGUUAAGAGGCAAUAAGACCUUACAGUUCACACUGCUGCCAUUGCUGGAAAAUGUCCCACAGGCUGUCAUAGCCUGAGGGAGAGUGAAUAACUGAUUCUCUUAGGCGAACACACUGAGGGCCUUUCUGAUGGCCUGG